GAACCAGAAAAUACUAUGUACGGUCGAAGCCCACCAAGAAAUCUCGGUCUCAUAUGUGUGGUGUGUGGUGAUACCAGUUCCGGUAAACAUUACGGUAUUUUAGCUUGCAAUGGCUGCUCCGGUUUCUUCAAACGCAGCGUUCGCCGUAAACUUAUUUACAGAUGUCAAGCCGGCACUGGCCGUUGUGUUGUUGAUAAAGCUCAUCGCAAUCAAUGUCAGGCGUGUCGUCUCAAGAAGUGCCUUCAAAUGGGAAUGAACAAGGACGCGGUGCAAAAUGAACGUCAGCCUCGUAACACGGCCACUAUACGACCGGAGACCCUGCGGGAGAUGGAGCAUGGACGUGCCCUACGAGAAGCAGCUGUAGCCGUGGGAGUUUUUGGACCACCGGUUUUAUUGUCACCACCAUGUUACGGACCAGCUCUACUGCCGCCACCAUCACUUUCAGCAUUGCCGACGGGACGUCUAUUACAUCACAAUCACUUGGCCGCCACUUCCAUGCAAUUAACAUCGUCUAUGAAUAGUAAUAAUAAUAACAACAGUGCUACAGGAAACUUUAAUGUAUUUAGUCAUAAUAUAUAUAACAACAACAACAAUAAUAAUAAUAGCAACAACAACAACAACAACAACAACAUCAAAGAAAAAAGAUACGGCUUAACAGUGGAUUUAUCUAGCGGUACAAUGUCCACUACAUCGUCGAAUUCUUCCAGUAGCAAUUCGAUAGAUCCCUGUUCACCGCCACCAGAGAACGCAUUAGCUAAAAAUGCCAUCAGUGGCAGUGUUUCGUCGAUUAGCUCAUCAAGUCCUCCACCGGAUAACGAUAACGACGAUGAUUCCAUUGAUGUGACCAACGAGGAUGAGACGCCAACUAAUGGGGAAAAGUCUCCACAAUUUGAUUUCGCUCAGAUAAUGUCUCCGAACUUGUAUGUGCAUCAGCAGGAAACUGUCUAUGAGACAAGUGCUCGUUUGCUGUUUAUGGCUGUGAAAUGGGCUAAAAACUUACCCAGUUUUGCUAGCUUAUCCUUUCGCGAUCAGGUUAUAUUAUUGGAAGAGUCUUGGUCCGAAUUGUUUCUAUUAAAUGCUAUACAAUGGUGCAUACCUUUGGAUGCGAGCAAUUGUCCUUUGUUCUCGGUAGCGGAACAUUGCAACAAUCAUGACGUUAACACAAAUGGAUCCAAUAAAAAUUGUAUGACCAAAGAGGAGAUAGCCUCAGAUGUACGAACAUUAUAUGAGAUAUUUUGCAAAUAUAAAGCCGUUCUAGUGGAUCCAGCCGAGUUUGCCUGUCUGAAAGCUAUCGUUUUAUUUCGGCCGGAGACAAGAGGUCUUAAAGAUCCAUCACAAAUAGAGAAUUUACAAGAUCAAGCCCAUGUUAUGUUGUCACAGCAUACGAAAGCUCAAUUUACGGCUCAGGUAGCACGAUUUGGACGUUUGCUGUUAAUGUUACCGUUACUGCGUAUGAUAAAUUCUCAUAAAAUUGAAUUAGUUUACUUUCAAAGGACAAUUGGAAACACACCUAUGGAAAAGGUGUUAUGCGAUAUGUAUAAAAAUUAA